AUGGGCAGCGCCCUCCAGGGCGCCCGCACGGGCGCCGUGGCGCCGCACGGCGCGCCGGGCGUGUCGCCGCGCACGGAGAAGCAGAGCGGGGGCCGCACGUCCCCGGGCAGCCUCGGCGGGGCCGUGCGCUGCGGGAGCGCGUCGAGCUCCCUCCCCGCGCGGCGCGGCACGCCGGCGUCCAUCGCCGAGCGGACGCUCGAGGAGAUGGGCCCCGCCGAGGUCGCCGCGUGGCUCCGCAACCGCGCCUUGCCCGCGAACGUCGAGGUCGACGAGCUCGCGAGCUCCCUCGAGUCGCGGGGCGUGCGCGGGGACCAGCUCGCGGACUACACGAACCGCGAGCUGCGCGACGUCGUCGGCAUCAAGCAGCUCGCCUGGCGCAAGGCGCUCCUGCGGACCGUGCAGGCCGAGCGCGCGCGCGAGCGCGCGGCCGCGGCGCUCCGGGCCCUCGAGCCGGAGAACGACCCGAGCGCCAUGAGCCUCAGCGGGUCCUUCACCUUCUCCUUCGCGGCGAUGAAGCGCCAGGCCGCCGAGCAGCGCACGACCCAGUCCUUCACCGUCCGCAAGACGUCGAAUCAGCUCGCGCCGCUCUCCGACGAGAGCGACGCGGCGGCGCCGGCCGACGACAAGGGCGACGCGAGCCGCAUGACCUGGCCCCUGCCCCGGCGCAGCCGCCCGACGCGCUGGCGCCGGUCGCCGUCGCCGAGCCCGGACCCCGCGGCCGACGGCGCGCCCGAGCCCAAGGCGCGGCGGAGCUUCUUCCGCCGCGCGUCGCCCCAGCCGGCGACGGCCCAGGUCGCCGCCGCCGUCGUCGAGCCCCACUCGCCCACGGCCGUCGCCGUCGCGCCCGCGGAGUCGACCACGGGCGAGCCCACGCUCGACCACGACACGCCCCGCGAGAGCUCCAUGAGCAGCUUCGGCAAAACAAAACGCGUCGCGCUGCCGGACCUGCCGUGCGCGGCGCUGCUGUCCACGCGGGAGAAGCACGCCGGCGAGCGGCGCGUGCGCUACGAGCUCGACAACGGCGGCGAGGCGGCCAUCGACUUCUGCCUCGACCUCGGCGGCAGCGCCAACGCGCGCGUCGUCGGCGCGGAGGGCCUCGCCAUGCGCGCGCGCGCCGCGCCGUUCGCGACGACGCGCCUCGGCGUCGCCGCGCCCGUCGACGCGUCGAAGCGCCUCGAGCUGCGGCACCGCGUCGACUUCGAGGCGCGGCGCGUCGGCCCCGCGGGCGCCGCCUGGCGCCGCUGCGACGCGCCGCUGGAGGACGGCCCCGCGCGCCAGGGCGCCGCGGACGACUGCUGGCUCCUGGCGGCGCUGCUGGCGCUGCCCCGGGACCCGGCGCGCGUCCGCGAGGAACGAGCCCCCGGCGGCGGGCGCCGGUUCCGCGCGCGGCUCUUCGCCGCGGGCCUCGAAACGAGCGUCUUCCUCGACGACGCCUUCCCCUCCGUCGCCGACGGCCCGGCCUUCGCGCGCGGCGCCCUGGCGCCGCGGCUCCUCGAGAAGGCCUGCGCGAUCGAGCGCGGCGGCUUCGACGGGCUCUCGAGCGGGCUCCCGGCCGACGCGCUCCACGACCUCGCGGGCGCGCCCGUCGACGUCGCGCGGCCCGGCGAGGGCGAGCCGCUGCCCUGGGCCGACCUCGUCGCCGGGGCCCGCGAGGGCCGCGCCGUCGUCGCGGCGACGCGCGCGGAAACGUCGACGCUCGCCGCGGCGCACGCCUACGCCGUCGCGGACGCGCGGACCGUCGACGGCGCGCGCUACGUGCUGCUGCGGGACCCCCGCGGGGGCGCGGCCGUGUCCGCCGCGGGCGCGGCCCUCGACGGCGACGACGCCCUCGCGCCGGGCGAGGCCUGGGUCACAUUCGAGGACUUCGCCGGCGACGUAUCGGCGCUCGCCGCCGCGCGGCUCCGGUCGCCGCGGGGCUGCCCCUGGCGCGCGGCGCGCGUCGGCGUCGCCGUCCCGGCGCCCGCGCGCGCGCUCCGCGUCGUCCUCGACCGCCCGGCGGCGGUCGUCGCGGCCGCGCAUCAGGCGGACCGGCCGUACGCGGACGUCGGCGUCGCGAUCGUCUCGCGAGAGGGCGUCGUCGUCGCGGCGUCGGGCGCGAGCUGCGGCCGCCAGGUGGCCCUCGAGGCCGCGCUCGGGCCGGGGACGUACGAGGUCGUCGCGACGGGCGGGCGCUUCCGCGCCGCCGCCGUCGGCCUCACGCUCCACUGCGAGCGCGGGGCGCCGGACGUCGUCCCCGCGGCGGCCGACGCCCUCGAGGCCGCGCGGACGGGCGCGGCGCGCGUCGCGGGCGCGCCGACGGACCUCGGCCGCGGCGCGGUCCUCCACGUCUGCCGCCGGCGCGACGGCGUCGAGACGGCCGUCGAGAACCGCGCGACCGCGGCGACGCUGGUCUUCGCGAUGGACGCGUCCGCGUCGGAGAACGCGCGGACCGCCGGGGCUGCGGUCGUCGAGGUCCCGCCGGGCGCGACGGCGCCGAGCCUGGCCCUCGCGCCGGCGGACGCGGCGCGGCCCCUCGUCUUCGAGGGCGCCUGGACGUGCGAGUGGCGCGAGCGCGAGAGCCCCGGCCGCCCGACCGCCCCCGGCGCCAUGUGCGACGUCGCCGCGAGCCACCACCAGUCCAUGCUGAGCUCCCCGGAGCGACACAUCCGGCGCGUGUCCCACGAGCCCGGCCCGGAGCUCGAUUCCGGCACGCCGUCCGACGACGACAGUCCGCGGUCGCCGCCCCAGCUCAGCGGCAGGAACCAGGGCCUCGCGGCGCACCGGCCCCAGCCGUCGCCGUCCAUCGUCGGCCAGUACGACUUCGCCUGGGACGAGUCGCCCGCGCCGCGCGCGUCGCCGCGCCUCGCGUUCAACAACCGGAGCCUGCUCAAGCGCUACGACUGCGCGACGCUCGAGGUGCCCAAGACCUGGAAGAACGUCGAGGCCGUGGGCUCCAUCAAGCGCAAGCGCCACGUGCCCGACGGCGCGCCGCGCGUCCUCAAGCCCGAGCCGGCGGACGACGGCGCGGGGCCGAUGCCGAAGAAGCGGCUCUCGUUCGACGCCAUGUCCGACGAGGAGGAGGAGGAGGGCGGACUCGACGAGCCGCACCGCUGCCUCGUCAACCUGCUCUGGGGGCUCCCCCCAGACUCGACGGCGCCCGCGUGACGCCCCCUUUCCCGCUCCGCUCUCGCCUCGCCCGUCUCGCCUCGCGUGUCUGUGUAAAUUCAUACUAUGCUCU